CUCGCCGCCCUCGCCGCAGCCAUCACCCCCCCAGUUGCCCAUGGUGUUGUCGGCGCUGCCCAUUUUCGCGCUGUCGCUCUACGCGCGCUGGCAGCCGCUCCGCCCGGCCGCUGCGCGCUCGCCUCAAUGCACGAUGCUCGACCACGAGGGCUGGAUGCAGUACGCGGUGCAGCUGUCCGAGCGCGGGCGGCUGAGCACAGCGCCCAACCCGUGGGUCGGCUGCGUCAUCGUCGGCGGCGACGGCGGCGUGCUCGCCGAGGGCUUCCACGAGCGCAAGGGCGGCCCGCACGCUGAGGCCGCCGCGCUGGCCGCCGCGCGCUCGCGCGGCAUCACGUCCGAGCAGAUGGCGGAGGCGUGCUGCUACGUGACGCUCGAGCCGUGCCACCGCGGGCCGGGCAAGACGACGCCACCGUGCGACGAGGCGCUCGUCGCGAGCGGGCUGCGCGAGAUCCACAUCGCGGUCCUCGACCCCGACCCGGCCUUUGGCGGCGGCGCGGCGCACCUGCGUGAGAACGGGAUCUGCGUGACGGUCGGCACGGGCGCGAAGGCGGUGCUCGCCUCGCUGCGGCCGUACCUCCACCAGCGCCGCUGCAAGGCUCCGUACGUCGUCCUCAAGGUGGCCAGCACGCUCGACGGCGCAAUCGGCUGCGAGGACGGCACCUCGCAGUGGAUCACGGGUCCCAAGGCGAGGAGGCACGCGCAGCUACUGCGCGCGUCCUCCCAGGCGAUUCUGGUCGGGUCGGGGACUGCGGUGGUGGACGAGCCACGUCUCACGCUGCGGCUCGAGGACGAGGGGCUCCUCCCUCCCGGCUGGGCUGCACCGCCGAAGCCGCCGGUCCGAGUGGUGCUGGACGCGCGCGGCCGGCUGGCGAGGGGGGCCCUCCUCGACACGGCGGCCGCACCGACGCUCGUCUUCACCACCGCCGCCGCUCCGGCCGAGGCGAGCCUCGAGACGGACCCGAGGAGCCUUCCGAUAGGAGUGCUGCAGCUGAUGGUCGAGGGCGGCGGCGCCGUCAUCGGCGGCUUUCUGGCCGAGGGCACCGCGAAGCUGGCUAGCGGCUCUGCUUGCGGCGGCGCCGCGCAGCAGCUGCAGCUCUAUCUCGGGGCGACGGCGUUGGGCUCGACAGCGCAGCGCUGGAUCAAGGCGCCGCUCGCUUCGACCAAGGCAGUGACUCACAUUUGUCUACUCACGCGAAGGGCGCGCCACGCGACGCUCCUCUCGACCGAGGUUCUCGGAGACGACGUCUGCCUCUGCUACGCGCUCGGAGAGGGGGAGGUGGGGGGGGAGGUGGCGGCGAGCGGAGAGUGACGACGGCGCGGAGGCGUGUGACAGGCGGAGUUACAUUACAUGACUGGUUCCCACGCUCUGAAAGUGGCGAACCCUGCG